GACCGCGUCGGGGUUUUCGCUCAUUGGGUGGCGCUGGCUCCGCCCCUCGGGCAGUGCCAACCCUCCCCGGCCACUUAAGUCUCCGCCGCAGAGUCGCCGAGUCCGGCUUUUGUGUGCGGGCUGCGGGUCACUGGCUUCCUAUUGGCUCCCUUUGGCCUGGUUCUUCUGGGUCUCUUUCCAGCCCGCACGCACCCGUUUCCUAGUUUCAUCUUCCUCGCCCUUUUCCUCUCUCCUUCCUUCGCAGCUCAUCAUGCAGAAAAAAGACGUCUCCCCAUACGGUUUCCUGCCAAACUUCCAGCAUUUCGCCACGCAGGCCAUCCAUGUGGGCCAGGAACCAGAGCAAUGGAGCUCUCGGGCUGUAGUGGUCCCCAUCUCCAUGUCCACCACGUUCAAGCAGGGGGCUCCCGGCAAGCACUCGGUGAGCUGGGUCUGGCUGGGGCGGUCCAGGGUUGGGCGGGAAAAGAGAGAUGCCUUUUCCCUUUUGGUAGAAUACUCGAUGGAUCUUGGAGUGUUUUUAACCUAUUGGUCUGACUUUUUGGUUUUUAUUUUAGGUUUGGCCUUUGCUUCAGGUUUAGCAGCCACUAUGACUAUUACCCAUCUCUUAAAAUCAGGAGACCAAAUUAUAUGCAUGGAUGAUGUAUAUGGAGGUACAAACAGGUACUUCAGGCGGGUUGCAUCUGAAUUUGGAUUAAAGAUUUCUUUUGUUGAUUGUUCCAAAACUAAAUUACUAGAGGAGGCCAUUACACCAGAAACCAAGCGACCUUUGGCUUUGGGAGCUGAUAUUUGUAUGUAUUCAGCAACAAAAUAUAUGAAUGGCCACAGCGAUGUUGUAAUGGGCUUAGUGUCUGUCAAUUCUGAGAGCCUCCAUGAAAAGCUCCGAUUCCUGCAGAAUUCAAUUGGGGCAGUCCCCUCUCCUUUUGACUGUUACCUCUGCAAUCGAGGUCUGAAAACACUACAAGUCCGGAUGCAGAAGCAUUUUGAAAAUGGAAUGGCAGUUGCUCAGUUUCUGGAGUCACAUCCUCUGGUGGAAAAGGUUAUUUACCCUGGGCUGCCCUCUCAUCCUCAACAUGAGUUGGCAAAGCGUCAGUGCACAGGUUGCCCGGGGAUGAUCACCUUUUAUAUUAAGGGCGCCCUUCAGCACGCUGAGGCUUUCCUCAAGAGCCUAAAGUUAUUUACUCUGGCUGAGAGCUUGGGAGGAUAUGAGAGUCUUGCUGAGCUUCCGGCAAUUAUGACCCAUGCAUCAGUGCCUGAGAGUCACAGAGAGGCACUUGGAAUUAGCGACACACUGAUUCGACUCUCUGUGGGCUUAGAGGAUAAAGAAGACCUACUGGAAGAUUUAGAUCAAGCGUUGAAGAAAGCACACCGUCCAAAUGCAUAUUGAACCUAGCAUACCA